GCAGAAAGAGUUACGUCUGCACUCUAUUACAGUGAUGCCACCUUGGGGAUUUCCCCCACAAAUUUAUGGUGAAUCAAGAUAUCUUAGGGUUUUUUUAGAAGGUACAUUUAUUUAGAGCAUACUUUGUGAAAUAACGGUUUUGUCUUGAAUUACUUUUGAUUCUAUACAAUUUAUAUUAGGCCUAGAACCCAACCAAGUAAAGAAACCAAAUAUAUACACCAAGCGUGUUAAUAACUGAAAUAUGAAAAAGCUAUAAUAUUUCAAUAUUAAAAUGUAUACUACUUAAAUGUUUUUUAUGCAUAUUUAAAGUUACUUCUCAGACACAAAGUUGAUGACACCUAAAACUUUAGGGUUUUUAAACAGAUAUUGACAAGUAAUUGAAGUUAGUUUUAGGGGGAUUAUUUUGUAGGAGUUGGCAUCGCUGCUCUGUGGCCGUCUUAAUAUUGUAGCUAGGGGAAAAACCUGUGUAUAUAUAUAUAUUUUUAAAACAUUGUCUAAGUUACAGUAAAUGUAACAUUGUAUUUGUAUUUGUAGUUUGGUUAGUUUAUCAAUGAAUAGGAAAGAAAUAAUAGUGCAAAAGUUUCAAAUUUAUAUUUAAUUAUGCAUUUUAUUAAAUAAAGGCUAGAAAAAGGAUCAAUCAAUCGAUCAUUGACUUAUAUAAAAUAUCAAAAUGUCUCAGGAAGUUAAAUCAGAAAUGAAACCAAUUAGGAUAUUGAAGAGUAAAUUAAAUAGAAUUCCUAACAAUAUGACCUUAAAACUUUUACUUACUAAAGAUACAGAGCGAGAAGAUACGUUGUUUAAGGCAAAGCAAAGUGACCCUAUUUAUCAGAAAUUUCCUAACUUAAUAAUCAUUAAUAAGUUAAACCUGGUAAGUAACACUAAUCGUACGACUGCGAAAUUUUCAGAAGGCCACACGACAGUCGAACUAUCUUCUGAUAGUAUAACUGAACUACUUGGCCAACAAAACUAUGACCUCAUUUUAAAUGUUAUUAGCAGUGUUUUUAAUGUAGCCGCAAAAGUUGAAGCUAUAAUGGCGCUUUUAAAAAAGGGACCUAUGAAAAAAGUCGAUAAAUGUGAUGGAAACAAAACUAUUGAUAGAUUUAGUCAAACGGAUGAAUCAUGUAUAGUAAAGGUGAAGCAAUUACCAAGAAGACGAUUGCAAAGGUGCAAGGCUUAUGCAGUUCUUGAUAGUCUUGUACCACCUGAGACUGUUGAGAAACCACCACCAAAAAGUAAACCAUUGGAAACAGUACAAAAUAUAAAUCUUAUUGACACCAAGGAUUUUUUGAAUGAAGACAGCAAUAUGUCUGAUAUAUCUUAUGAUAAUAUUUCUUUGAAAAGUUGGCAAGUUCCCAACUCAGUGUUAAAUGUCCAGCCAUACUUUGAUUGCAUAGAAAAAUGUACACAAGAACCUUCAUCAUUUAUGUUAAAAUUAAUUGAUGGUAGUAUUGUAACAUUAAAAACAAAACCAGUCGACUUGUUUCAUAUAGCAACACCCGAAAAUUUAAAAGAUUUAACAGGAGACGAACAAAAGCGGUUACGAUUACAUCAGGCAUACUUACAUUGGAAAUAUUGUUUGGAGGUUGACGAAGAUGACAAUUUACCACUACACAUAGCUGUGCUAGAGGAUGAACCAGAUUUAUUAUAUAGACAUUGCAUUAUGUUGAAAACACGGCAGGAAUCUGUGGACAUACCUGGUGAAAAAGGUUUGUCAGCCCUACAGCUGUCGGUGCAUACAAACUCUCCUCAGUGCAUGAAAAUAUUACUUUCAUUUGGAGCUAAAAUAACCCAGAUUGACUCUGAAUGCCAGUCCUUACUGCACACAGCUGCUGAAACAAGUGCGGAGUGUGUUCGAACUAUUUUGCAGCAUUGUCGUAAACAUCCAAGGAAAAUUUUAUCUGAAGAGGAAGGCCUGUGGACUCCCGAAUUGGAGUUUCAGAGCGAUGAAGAAAUAUCAACGUAUUUGAUUAAUCACUUUUGCACUAUGUUUGAUGACCAAGGUUUGACGCCACUAAUGUUAGCGAGUGCAAAAGGCUUAGACUUGAUAGUAAAUGAAUUGCUCCAAGCUGCGCCUGAAACAGUUAACAUAAAAUCACCAUCAAGUGGCAACACUGCCCUGUAUAUUGCAACGUCUACUGCUUCUUCGCAUCCUGAGCUUGCUGGCAACACAGGCAAGUUAUCGUUAAAUUAUUCAAAGACGAUAGCAACAUUGUGCAAAUACGGCGCCGAGCCGAACAUUCCAAAUGAUUCGGGCAACACUGUUACCAUGCUUUUAAGUGAUUUUAAAUCUAAUGAAAUCGCACAGAUAUUAGCUAACAAAGUUUGUGAUGGGACACAGAAAUUCGACUCCUUCAUGCUUGUCAGAGAUGAAGGUGACAUAAAAUUAGAACCUGUUAAAAUGACUAAACAACGUGAAACAAAUGAACGCAAAAAGCAAAACGAUACUGCUGUAACAUAUGAAGAUAUGCUAAACGAUUCAGAAAUUGAAUCAAACAUAGAAGUUAAUAAAGAAACAUUGAUCUUUGAAAAGGCGGUACCCUCAUCUAGCUUUGUUAUCGAACAAAUACAAACGGUACAAAAAUCUGAGCCACUAUUAUUAAAUCUAAAUAAUUUAUCGCUUAACCUAAACAUGGCGACAGUAUCUAAUCCUAGAACGUAUAAGAUCGUUAGACCAAAAGUGAAGACAGAUUUAAGUGUGACAAAAUGUGAAACAAUCAAAAAAUAUACAAAAAAUUCGAAAGUACCGCAAAAUGUAAUGAAAAAAGGGAAACCGGAAGUGUGUCAUCGAACACCGAACACGAAACUUGUCGUUAAAGUGGAAAGUUUUAAUACGAGAAAAAGAAAACUUUCUAUAGAAAACACAAAAUUGAAUGAUUAAUCCUCGCAACUGAACAUGGACUAAAGAUGGUGUUGACAUGAUUACUGUUAUUUGAAUAAUGAAUUCAAUGUAGAAUAGCGUAGAAGACUUAAUGGUGUAGACCAGAGACCCAAAAGGGUAACAAUUUGAUAGUUAAAGGGGGCUAUUUAAAUGAAAAUUAAAAUCUCCUUAUUGUUUCGUGAAAUUUCCAAGUAAUUUCUUCCUUAAACCUAUAAUUUAAGUCUCUAUUUUUAGAUAUUAUUUAUUUAAU